CGGUGAUGGGGCAUCCAUGACCAUAGAGUUGAGCUCAUUGGUGUACGUGCCAUAUAUUUUCAUCAAGACGAAAUUGGAAUAAUUCAGGUUUAGGUUGGAACCCUGAUUCUGAUUUUCCCAAUGUCAUAAAGAGUGAAGGAUCCAAGGAAUAUUUUGAUAUGAUGCAAAUUUGAUCGAUUUCUUUUCUAGAACAUGAAAUAUCCCGGUUUCUUUCAGCGUAAAAUUAACUAGUGUUCCGUUGGGGGAGCAAAAAUUCCGUUCGGGGGACUGUUGCAAGAAUGAGAUAGUUAACUUGUGUAUGGAUAAUCCAGCAAAUAUCAUCCAUUUGCAUCCCAGGUGCGCAAAUUUGAGCUACAAAUUGUUGUGGAAUUAAAUAAUGACAGAUCUAGUUAAUGGGUCGGGAUGAAAAUAAUCUCAAAGUCAAAAAAUCCGCACUUGGUCAAACUAUAAAGCUCACGUGAUGGCAAUUCACGUGAUGUUGCGUCCGCUCAAACCACCGCGCCAAGUCUCGAAUUUUGACCUAAGCGAGCCCACAAUCUUCAACGACGGCCAACACGCAACAGUCCGAUUUUUGCAGCUUCACACUUCCACCUCUCCUUGCCCGCAUCUACACAUCCAGCGUGACAAGAUGACGAAGCGCACCAAGAAGGUCGGUGUCACCGGUAAAUAUGGUACCAGAUACGGUGCCUCGCUCCGAAAGCAAGUGAAGAAGAUGGAAGUCUCCCAGCACGCCCGAUACGUCUGCACUUUCUGCGGCAAGAACAGUGUAAAGCGCAAGGCUGUUGGCAUCUGGGAGUGCCGAUCGUGCUCAAAGGUCGUUGCUGGCGGUGCUUGGACUGUCUCGACUCCUGCCGCAGCCACCACCCGAUCGACCAUCCGUCGUCUCCGAGAAAUUGCGGAGGUUUAAAGAUGAUUUAAGGAUGGGAGUUUUGAGCUGUCUUUUUAUUUUUUCUUUCUGCGUCUUUUAAUGUUUCUACUUUUUUUUUUCUCGAAUGAAAUGAACGGAAAUUUGGGAGGAUGCAAUUGAGCAAAUGAAAAAGAAAUCUCAAUUGGAGUUUCACCUCUUUUAUCCUUUCCAUUUGUUUUAGCUGCCCGUACAUGAUGAGAAACAAGAGGACAAUGUCUGGGGAUAAAUAGACACUCCGUGCCGUGGGAUCCUCGAUUCGAUAGUUCCUCCCCAACUACUGCGAUCGAAACCUUCUUCCAACCAAGUAGAGAGAGAGAAAAGACAAAUCGAAAAUACCAUUUCUUUCCACGACCAGGCCAUAAUUCGUCGUUGGUCAAUUUCUCUUUCCCAUGGCCCAUGCAGCUGGCGAGAAUGGUUCAGACGCUUGUUCAUGCUCAAUUAUCAAUGAACGUUAUCAAUGAUCGAGGAGAGUAUUGCCUAGGCUUGCUACUAACUACUUUAGAAACUACGCAUCUAGCACAACCAAUAAGAAGUGCUGCUCUACCUUUUCGAGGCUCACCAAACUCUAGCCAAACUAAUUAUGUUGCACCGCCGCUAACUAACGGAGUC